CAAUGAAUUAUUAUUAUUAUUGUUGUUAUUAAUAAUCUAGGAAACUCUCAGAAAACCAUUGCAUUUUUCUUACAAGUUAAUGUUCACAGGUUUUAAUCAAGAGGGAUCCUUUAUUUUCGUGCAUUUUGUUUCUGUGUCUGAGUUUUGUUUCUUUCAAGAUUAGAAUUUAAGAAAAUGGCUGGUGGAGAAGCCCCGGGUGCAAGAGACCUCGAGCAGACACCGACAUGGGCAGUCUCUGCAGUUUGUGCUGCCAUGAUUAUUGUCUCCAUCAUAUUGGAGAAGGUUCUUCAUAGAACUGGACAGUGGUUCCAAAAAAAACACAACACUGCUUUAUUUGAUGCUCUUGAGAAAGUUAAAGGGGAGCUUAUGGUUUUAGGAUUCAUAUCUCUAACCUUGACAUUCUCACAAAGCUAUAUUGCUGGUAUCUGUAUUCCUUUGAGGUAUGCAAAUACAAUGUUACCAUGCCCGGCGAAGGGUAAAAAAGGACAAGAUGACAGUGGAGGGGAGAAUCAUCGCAAGCUUUUAUGGUCGCAGCAUAGAUUUUUAGCUGGUGAGAGUGGAAGUAAAGAUUGCAAAGAUGGGUCAGUGCCUCUCAUAUCUGUCGAGGGACUGCAUCAGUUGCACAUCUUCAUAUUCUUUUUAGCAGUAUUUCAUGUCGUAUACAGUGCCAUAACAAUGAUGCUUGGAAAAUUGAAGAUACGCAAUUGGAAGGAUUGGGAACGCGAGAGUUGGAGGGAGCAUGAUGCCAUGAAUGAUCCUGCAAGAUUCAGGCUCACUCAUGAGACAUCAUUCGUGAGAGGACACACAAGUUUCUGGACAAAAACUCCAAUCCUCUUUUAUUCGCUAUGCUUUUAUCGACAAUUCUUCAGAUCCGUUCGAAAGUCUGAUUACUUGACCAUGCGACAUGGAUUCAUUUCUGUCCAUCUAGCUCCUGGAAGCAAGUUUAAUUUUCAAAAGUAUAUCAAAAAAACAUUAGAAGAUGAUUUCAAGGUAGUCGUUGGAAUCAGUCCACUACUAUGGGCCUCUGCAAUUCUCAAUCUGCUCUCGAACGUUCAUGGAUGGAAGGCUCAGUUCUGUGUUUCCUUUCUUCCUUUAUUUGUCACCUUAGCAGUUGGAACAAAACUACAAGCAAUUAUAGCAAAAAUGGCUAUUGAAAUUAAAGAAAGGCAUGCUGUGGUUCAAGGGAUACCACUUGUGCAAGUGUCUGACGGAAAUUUCUGGUUUUCCUGGCCUGAAUUAGUCCUUUAUCUCAUCCACUUUGUCCUCUUUCAGAAUGCAUUUGAGCUAACAUAUUUCCUUUGGGCAUGGUAUGAGUUCGGGAAGGAAUCUUGUUUGAAUCAAGAUACAGUCCUCAUAUUCGUCAGAGUUACUUUCGGCGUGGGAGCCCAAGUCCUGUGCAGCUAUGCCACACUUCCACUCUAUGCCCUUGUUACACAGAUGGGAUCAACCAUGAAGCGCUCAAUCUUUGAUCAACAAACUUCAAAGGCCCUAAAGAAUUGGCAUCAGAAGGCUGUAAAGAAAACGAACGAAGGGAAACCAGAUCAGCUCCCGACAAUGACUCUGGGUGGAAGUCCGGAUGCCUCGGUGCAUUCCUCAUCCCCCACACGUCUUCGACCUAAUAAAUUUGGUUCUGAAGGUCCAGAUUUCUCUGAUAUUGAAGCAGAAGCAGCAUCCCAUGAUCAACACACAGCUAACAUCACGGCAACUGUGGAUGUGGAACUCAGUGUCAAUCAUCAGCAUCGCCCUAGUGACAACAGCUCCCCAUUUGUCCAACGGGAUCUACUGAGUUAAGCAUGGUUAUGGAUGGGUUAUGUUAGCCGCAAGACAAAAUUUGUCUCGAGGGCCCCACACCCACACAGUAGCAGUGGAAAUACCACACAAUACUGCUGUUACGUUCCUGACAAGGUCACUUUAGGUGUGGCAAUACAGAAUUUUUUUUUCUCCUAUUUUCGCAUGACCAUUGCUGUGGUCUGUGCAGCAAGAAAACCUAAGUCUAAAGAUAGGUAUGAUAGCUGGUUUCGGAUUGCUGUUGCUACACAUUUGGAGCAACAAAAAUUUGUUCCCAGAACCUCAUACGACAUGUAGAUGAAAUCAAAAACAUCAUCAACAGUUUUGUUUGUGUAGCAAGUUGUACUAAUACAAAUAUUUCAGUCCUAU